AUGGCGCAAGACAACAUCUUCUGGAAGCAUUUCUACUGCUUGUUGAAGAACUGGUGGUACGGACGCGAGAUAUCGUCCACCAUCGACGCCCCCAAGCGUCCAGACUUCCCACCCCACUCGACGGAUUUUUCGGCAGCGGCACUCUUCGACGCAAAUAUAUGGACUGAAAAGGUCGUCGUCCUCCUCCGCCCUGAAUAUAUAAAUAGUGGUAGCAAUCAAGCCGCCUCCAACGACUUCAGCCUCAUCCAUUUUUGUCUGCUGCUACCGACCGAGCAAGCCAUCUUCAAUCCCAUCUGCCCCGUCAUCCAGACUCAGCCACAUGUCCAAAUUCAGAAAGCAGAACCUCUGGUCACUGUUGAGCAGACCACAACCGACAUCGCCAUUUGGCAAGAUCAAGGAUCUCCAGUGUAUGAGCCCAACGAUGCUCCUCAAGUUACCAGUCUUUUGUCCACCGCUCCGUUUGCAUGUUGCAUGGUCUUGAUGCUCCCUCUGGUCUUCACUGUCUGCUACCUGUCAUGUCCCUCCCCUUCUUGGAUCGGCAAGUCGAAGCGAGCGCUCGUGGAAAUCAUCACCAAACAGGACAUGGUCUUGAAGAAGCUCAUCGAGACACAUGAUAAUGAGAUCAGCAAAUGCCAGAAAACCAUCAAGGAACAAUCCGGGCUGGUCGACCGAAGCCAGUCUUUGCUAGACAACGCCGUCAAAAAACUCGACGAGCAGCAGACAUCUCUGGGACUCUAUGCUUCGAAGAUCGAUGAGCUCAAAGAGACGAUCAAGGAAUUGCAGAAUGAUCUCGAUGCUCGCACCAAGGAAGUGGCCGAGAAGGAAGCGGCGACCACUGACCUGAAGGCCGCUCUUGAGCAAGCAAAUUCCAUGCAACAAACCAACAACAAUGACUGGAUCGUCCAGGACCAAGAGGCCAGCAUCAAGAAUCUUGAAGAGUCUGUCCAGGCCCGUAAUACCAAGAUUGAAGAACUGGAGAAAGCUGUAUCGGCCCUCAAAGAGUCAACGAAUUCCAAGGAAGUCAAGAUCAAGGAACAGACCAAGUCUCUAUCCACUUUGAACACCGGCAUCAAAUCCAAGGACAACAAGGUCAAAGAGCUCCAAGAUGCUCUGAUCGCCCUGGAAACUUCGAGCAAGGACAAAGACUCCACGAUCAAGGAGCAAAAGACUGCUCUGACGACUCUCCAGGCGUCGGUCAAGACCAAAGAUGCGACGAUCCAAGAACAUGUCAGCACCCUCACGGCUUUGAAUUUAACCUUGGAAUCAAAGGACAAGGUGACCCAGAAAGCGAAGAAUUCUCUAACCGCGUUGCAAGCGCUGGGUAAGGCUAAAGACACUGCAAUCAAGCAAUAUGAGAAGACUAUAGGCGAGCUCAUGCUGUCAGUGAAGUCCAAGGAUGAAGAACUCGAACAGGCCAAGAAAGCUCUCACUGCCGUCGAAUCGUCACUUAAGGGCAAGGACGAAGAGGUAAAACAGGCCCAGGGGGCACUCGCCACUGCCGCAUCGUCCGUCAAAGCCAGAGAAAACAAGAUCCGAGAGCAGAAGGAUGCUCUGGCCGCUCUGGCCGCUGCAAAGGCGGAGGACGUCCGCGCGAACCAGGCGCAAAUCACCCAGCUGGAACAGAAGGUCAAAUCGUUCGAAGAGUACAGACUCACUAUCUGCGGCCUCGAAUCUUCCGUUGAGGACAAGGAGGCCACCAUCGGCCAACAACGUUCCACACUCGAGAAGCUUGAGCAACAGGUCAAGCAAGCCGAAGAAGCUCGCGGCGAGGAGGCCACCAAGCGUGAAAAGGCUCAGAAUAGUAACCAGAAAGUCUUGCAAGACGAGUUGGACCAACUAAAACAGGAUGUCAAGGCCAAGGCUGAAUCCAUCGCCAGCCUUCAACAGCGACAACAACAGCCUCCUCGGCCUCAACUUCAGAUUGUGACGGACUUCUCGGGACAAGAUGUCAAUGCGAUAAGUGAGGCCAGCAGCGAUGAAUACCGCACUAGCUUUGCUCAGACACGCAUCGAGUCCGCCAGGGUGAUGUCUGGCCCGAUCUUCCCUCUGGCUCCCGCUCCUGUUGUCAGCACAUUCGAGCAGGAACUGGAGUCCUCGUUUUGCAAUACUUCCUUUGAGCUGGGUGUUUCGCCGACGACCCCACGUGUCAACAUCAACUUUGAAGGAUUGCCUGUUCAGUCUGGUUCGGUUCCUGAGUCUGACUCGAUCCCAGUGUCUGGGCCCGCUGCUGCCUCUGCCUUUGCCUCUCCCUCUGCUCCUGUGGCUGCUCCUGCUGCUACCUCUACUCCGGCUUCUCGUUCUGGUUCCGUUUCUGCUGUCGACCAGAUCUAUGGUGUGGCGAAAGUCAAGAACCAAGGAUAUGGUCCUGGUGACUUGAUGAAGAGCAGAUAUGCCACACCAGUGACCAGCACUGUCUCUUCUCCGGCUCCAGCACCAACACCAGCUGCAACCCCUGUGUCCGGUGCUGCUUCUGACCUUGUACCUGCUUCUGCUUCCAGAUCCGCCGUCGAGCAUAUCUUCGGCGUAGCCAAAGUCAAGAACCAAGGAUACGGCCCGGGUGAUCUCUUGCAAAGCAAAUAUGCAACACCGACGACGAGUACGGUAACCUCUCUAGUAUCAACACCGGCACAAGCUCCUGCGUCUGUGUCUACGCCUGCACCGGUUCAAGAUGCCUCGUCUUCAACUCCUUCCGUCUGUUCGUCUGCUUCUGCUUCUGGCUCCGCUGCCGCUACUGCGUCUUCGCCAGUGGCCAAAGACCACAUCUUCAGCGUGGCCAAAGUCAAGAAUAUGGGCCAUGGACCAGGGGACCUGUUGAAGAGUCGAUUCGCUACUCCACCAGCGACACCUACUGCUGCUACUACUGCCGCUGGUGGUCGUCCUGCUUCGGUAUCCGUCUCGAGUGCUGCCUCACCUGCGGCUUCUGCCUCUGCUACGGCUCCAUAUGGAUCGAUGUCCAAGAAGGACGACAAAGACCAUAUCUUCGCCGAACCCAAGGUGAGCAAUCAAGGCUACGGAGCAGGUGACUUACUGGCCAGCAGAUAUGCUACACCUGCGACAACUGCCGCUGCUGCAUCGCCAUCUCCGUCUGCUUUUGCUUCUGCUCCUCCUCCUGCUCCCGCUCCCCCAACCGGACCCCGCGCUCAGGGAGACCACAUCUUCUCUGAGCCCAAGGUGAAGAGUGGAGGCCAUGGAGCCGGUGAUCUACUGGCGAGCAGAUUCGCCACGGCGACACCUGGCCCGGCAUCGGCACCAGCAACCCCGGCAUCGGCGCUAACAAUUCCUGCUGGACCAAAUACUCCUACCGGUUCACGCACUCCGCCGACCGGUCCUCGCCAGUCUGGGUCCGUUAGCGCUCGUUCCGGUUCCGGUUCCGAUUCUGGAUCUCGCCACCAUGGCAAUAUUUCCCACCACUCUCCCGGUGUCCCGGGAGCACCGACGCGGCCCAAGACCAAAAUCGAACGAAUCAUUGAUUCGCAAGCGGCUGCGAGGGGCUUGCCUGCGACGACGCCGAAUCGGCCAAAGACACCGGCUGGGCGGGCCGCUGAGGCGACGAAGUAG